AUGGCGCUCUCCUUUGCUGUCUUAUUGUUGUCUCUUCUCCUGCUCCACCAGCCAAGUGGUAUAAAUGGCCUGACCUGGGAAAACUGCAGGAGUGAUGACCAGAUUGUCACAUUGAAAACCAUUUCAGUUCAACCAGAUCCCAUUAGAUUAGUGGGGCAAAUCUCAGUCGAAGGCUCUGCCUAUUUGGGGAGAUCCAUUUCAUUUCUGGAGGCUGAACUGAGAGUGGAGAAGAAAUUUCUGUUUUGGUGGAAGCUUCCCUGUGGCGUCAUUGAAUGCACCUGUGAUAUAUGCCAGACUCUUAAUCUGGGAUCAAACUGUUCUCUCAGCAGUGGGUAUUUCAACUUCCCACCAACAACACUUAAUGUUCCACAACAAAAUCUCUCGUCAUUUUGGACUAAUGGCCAAUACAGAGUCACAGUUCUUCUGAAGAGUUCUGGAAAAAUUGUUGGCUGUGUUGAAAUGAACUUCAACAUUGAAAAUAAUUAG